AUGCUUAAAAGAAAAACGUAUGGUUGGUGUUGUUGGUGUAGUGUACCACGUGUAGAUGAUCAUCCAUUGGCUGUUGUUCAUCAUCUUACACAUCAUCCACGUUAUAAAUCACAAUCAGAAGAUGCUCUUCUUAAUUCAUUUUCAACACAGGGUACUGGAACUGAAGAUAAUCCAUUUAUUGUUUAUCGUGAUCGACAAUUAAUUGGAAAAGAAAAUUUGAAACAUUUACGUCUUGUAUGUGUAUCAGAUACUCAUAAUGAUAUUCAUAAAAUUCAUAUACCAAAUGGUGAUGUAUUUAUUCAUUGCGGUGAUGCUGUUAAUUAUAAUACAUGUUCCAAUGAUUUAAGGGUAUUCAAUGAAUUUGUUGGUACACUUCCCCAUAGACGUAAACUUUUUAUUAGUGGUAAUCAUUGUGUUUGUCUUGAUUCUAAACGACCAGAUCGAAGUCAAAAAUUAUUGAGCAAUAUGAUCUAUUUACAAGAUCAAGUCAUUGAUAUUGAAGGUGUACGCAUUUAUGGUAGUCCAUGGAAACCAAAACGUGGUUGUUUUUAUCGAGCAGAAGCAUUUAGUUAUGAUUCACAAGAUAUUCGUGGUGAUAAAUGGUCAAAUAUUCCCACUGAUAUUGAUAUUUUACUUACACAUGUACCACCGUAUAGUAUUCGAGAUUCUUAUUCAGGUUGUCCAGGUUUAUUAGAUGAAGUUGUAACAAGAGUUCGACCACGCAUUCAUCUUUUUGGACAUAUGCAUAAGUUCUAUGGUGCUAGUUUAUAUAAAAGUGAAAAUAAUCAAAAAAUUGAAGGUGAUAAAUUUAAAUCCGAAUCAAAUGAUAUUCUAUUUGUUAAUCUUGCUAUUCAUCAAGGCAGAAAACUUAACGAAGCAGUCGUAAUUGACUAUUAUUAUUAG